AUGGGGAAAGGUGGAGCUUUGAGCGAAGGCGUAUUACGAAACAUCAUCCUCUCCUACACCUACGUCGCCAUCUGGAUCUUCCUCAGCUUCACCGUCAUCGUCUACAACAAAUACAUCCUCGAUCGGAAAAUGUACAACUGGCCGUUUCCGAUCUCGCUCACCAUGAUCCAUAUGGGGUUCUGUUCUUCGUUAGCUUACAUUCUCGUUAGCAUCCUCCAAGUCGUUGAACCCGUUCAAAUGACCCGAGACGUUUACCUCAAAUCCGUCGUCCCAAUCGGUUUGCUUUACUCCAUCAGUUUAUGGCUUUCCAAUUCGGCUUACAUUUAUCUCUCUGUCUCCUUCAUUCAAAUGUUAAAAGCCCUAAUGCCUGCUGCUGUGUUUUUCAUCGGAGUUCUAUUCAAAAAAGAAGCUUUCAAAACACAAACCAUGACCAAUAUGCUGUCGAUUUCGUUCGGGGUUGCGAUCGCGGCGUACGGCGAGGCCAAGUUUAGUGCUUGGGGUGUUGCGUUGCAGCUGGGCGCGGUUGUUUUCGAGGCUACACGGUUGGUUUUGAUUCAGAUCUUGUUGACGUCGAAAGGGAUCACGUUUAAUCCGAUAACGUCUCUUUACUACGUCGCACCUUGUUGUUUCGUUUUCUUGUCGGUUCCUUGGAUCGUCGUGGAGCUUCCUGAGCUGCGCGACUCGUCUAGCUUCCAUUUCGACUACGUGGUUUUCGGGACUAAUUCCUUUUGCGCUUUCGCGUUGAAUCUAGCUGUGUUUUUGCUGGUGGGGAAGACUUCGGCUUUGACGAUGAACGUGGCGGGCGUCGUUAAGGAUUGGUUGUUGAUCGCGUUUUCGUGGUCGGUGAUUAAGGAUACCGUAACCCCGAUUAAUCUGUUUGGUUACGGGAUAGCGUUCUUGGGUGUGGCUUAUUAUAACCAUGCAAAGUUGCAGGCUCUUAAGGCUAAAGAGGCUGAGAAGAAGCCAGGUGAAGAGGGUGGGAAGCUUUUGGAGGAGAGUAGAUUAGGAGAUGAUGCAUCAAGGAAGAAUGAGUCAAGUUCUUAA